ACUUCCGCACCUAACUCGCUGUCGCUUGCAGUCAUUUCCCUAAACGCUGCUGGUCGUUAGCCUCUGAGGUGAAAGCCGCGGUUCAUAUCAGCGCAACAGGGCUGUCUGUGAACUCGGAGCUUGGACUUUAAGCGGUUCGUGACAGCCCUAUCUAACACUUUACACUUUUACCCACGCAUGACGCCACGAGGGGACUCGGUGGGGUCGGCCUGAAAACUUUCCCCUGCCAUUGGUGUUUCUGAAGGAACAGGUGGAAAGCUCUGCUGCUUUUUAAUGAUGAAAAACCCAUGGCAGGACUGAGAAGGAAUAGUGAACAUCCCUCCUACCCUGUCUUGCACUCCUCACCUGUAACCUUCAUCUUCUGGACUGUUUCACGAGGAUAUUCAGUUAUGCCGAGCAGAAAGCAAAGUAAAAUCCAUUUCUCAGCUUUGACCAUGUGAGCUCUGAGGUAGCUCUCCUAGCUCUGUUGUUUUUUGGCGAUGCUUUCCAUUUGCCGGUAAUGUAGUAAUUCAAGUGAUAUUAGAAGUGUUUGGUGUCAUGAUGGCCGCUGCCUCCUCGCCUGAGAAGCUGCUGCAGCUCCAGGAGAUCGACUCCAACCGAGCUGGUAGCUGCAUUCUCUCCCCGAUCCUCGGCUCCUCUUCUCCUGGUCUGUCCCAUGAAACAAGCCAGCCCAUCUGUAUCCGCUCACCAUAUACCGACCUCGGCCAUGACUUCACCACCAUACCUUUUUACAGUCCAACUAUCUUCAGCUAUGGUGGUCCGAGCAUUUCCGAAUGCUCCUCUGUCCAUCAGUCUCUGAGCGCCUCUUUAUUUUGGCCCAGCCACAGCCGUGUGGGGACGCCCAUUACGCUGCACUGCCCCCAGGGUCGAUCCCAGCAAGGCCAGUCAGCCCAGACUCCGUGGGACAGUGUUAUAACAACCAGAAAUCAUGACUCAAAACUGUCUGUUAGCAAGAGUGUGAGGAGGCGCUCCCAGGAGAGCGAGGAGAGCAUGGCGUCUUCAGGUGGGAAGGCAGACCUCCACUACUGUGCUGUGUGUCAUGACUAUGCUUCAGGCUACCACUAUGGAGUCUGGUCGUGUGAGGGGUGUAAGGCCUUCUUCAAGAGGAGCAUCCAAGGACACAAUGACUAUAUCUGCCCGGCAACCAAUCAGUGCACUAUUGACAAGAACCGCCGUAAGAGCUGCCAGGCAUGUCGCCUUCGCAAAUGCUAUGAAGUUGGCAUGACCAAAUGUGGUAUUCGAAAGGAGCGUGGAAACCACAGGAAUUUGCAGGCAAGGCGGCUAACCCGUCAAUCCUCACAGGGCAAAACAGCUGAACCAAAGGGCAUAACUGAGCCCGAAAAACCUGCACUGACCCCAGAGCAGCUAAUUGAGCGGAUAUUGGAGGCGGAGCCGCCAGAGAUCUACCUCAUGAAGGACGCGAAGAGGCCGCUGACCGAAGCAAGCGUCAUGAUGUUGCUCACCAACCUGGCAGAUAAAGAGCUGGUUCACAUGAUUAGCUGGGCCAAGAAGAUUCCAGGGUUUGUGGAGCUUAGUCUCGUAGACCAGGUCCAUCUGUUGGAGUGCUGCUGGCUGGAGGUGUUGAUGAUUGGACUGAUGUGGAGGUCAGUGGACCAUCCAGGAAAACUCAUCUUCUGCCCUGACCUCAGCCUGAGCAGAGAAGAAGGAAACUGCGUCCAGGGCUUUGUGGAGAUCUUUGACAUGCUGAUAGCUGCCACAACCAGGGUGAGAGAGCUCAAGCUGCAGAGGGAGGAGUAUGUCUGCCUCAAGGUCAUGAUCCUCCUCAACUCCAACAUGUGCCUCAGUUCCUCAGACAGCAGCGAGGACCUGCAGAGCCGGUCCAAGCUGCUGUGCCUCCUGGACGCUGUGACGGAUGCUCUGGUGUUGGCCAUUGGCAAAACCGGCCUCACCUUCCGGCAGCAGUACACCCGCCUGGCUCACCUGCUCAUGCUGCUUUCACAUAUCCGUCAUGUCAGUAACAAAGGCAUGGACCACCUCCACUGCAUGAAAGUGAAGAACAUAGUGCCUCUCUACGACCUGUUGCUGGAGAUGUUGGAUGCCCACAUCAUGCACAGCUCUCGUCUGCCUCACAAGCCUCCUCAGCAGGAGGAGGAUCAGAGUGAGGCUCCUGCCCCGCUGCACAGCUCUGCAAGCGGACCUUCAAAUACCUGGACUCCCAGUAGUGCUAGAGCUGGAGGUGAACCCCAGUAGUCAGAUCAGAAUUCCGAUGCGAAAGAAUUUUCACUGCUUUGCACAAAACUAGUUCACGGGAAUGAUGAGUAUCUUCACAGGAAUGAGAGCUGGAUUCUCUGAUCUGUCACUGGUGAAUCUUUGACACGCUGCGCACAGUUUCUGGUGAACUUUCAAUAUCUUCAAAGUUAACCGCAUGGAGCACAGAUCACGCUUCCAGGAUUCUUUGCUUUGCCACUAUAUUGGCAAAAGACUAAAGCGAAACAGGAACAAACUGUCAAACCUGGUCACUCAGCUGUACUCAGAUAUGUGACAGGACCAUUAAAUCAGUCAGUCGACCAAUGAAAACCCAUGCAGAAAAACAGAUCACAACUGAUUUGAUCACACCUCCCAAUGACAGUAUGUCUUUUUAAACUGAUUAAUCGGAGCCUGUACAGUUUGCUGGAACAAGCAGCUUAUGUGUAACUGAUUCCCAAAAACAAGCACCUGCAGAAAACUCACACUUUAACUCUAAGUUAAAGAAAUCUUAUACUGUGAAACUUACAGUGCUCACUGGCGUGUUUUCUUCAACAAAUCUCAGUUUGUGUUUCGACUUUGUAUGUGUGGAUGUUUUAAUGCUUAAGUGGCUUUUCUAUACACAUGGACUUUAAUGUCGAGGCUGCAACAAAAGACUGUCGUUACUGAUUAUUGCUGAUUACUUAAUCAGUUUAUUGUUGGGUCUAUGCAGUAAAACACUUACGAUUUCCCCACAGACCAGGGUCACGCCUUCAUCUGCUAAGUUUUGUCCAUCCAACAGUUGCAAAUGAAAAUUUAUUUAGUCAAUGAAUUUCAAAAAUCCAUUGAUUUUUAUUCUUAUAUUUAUUUUGAAGAUGUAGAUGCAUGAAUAAUAAUAAAAAAUGCAGUUUGUACCCAUGUUUAGGCAACCCAAGGAAUUAUGACACAUAAAUAAGAUAAUACUUUAUAUCCUCGUGUAAGGGAUUCAAAUUUCAUCAAGACUGCAGUAUAUCAUCACCUUAUAACACAAAGAUAGUUUAACUUCCUGGGAUAUCAAUCUGUCCACUUAAGAAGCAUAAGCCAUUGUGAACAUCAUCCACUUGCUUUGGUGCAACCAGUUGCGCUGUCGGUGCAACCAGUUGCGCUGUCGGUGCAACCAGUUGCGCUGUCGGUGCAACCAGUUGCGCUGUCGGUGCAACGAUGUAACCUCCCAACAUGAACUGGUUUGGAACGUGGUGGCCUUAGACCACUUCUCUCUCCUUAUGCCUCCUUACAGAUCUUUCUCUAGUGUCACUUUUUUCACUUGUGUCACUGCUAGUGACACAACACAGCGCCUGCUGCACAGGCAGUCUAACUCCUCCAGGAUGGCACAUUCAUACUCGCUGUUACAAGAAGGUUUGCCGUGUUUCCAGGAUGAUGACUACUAGGAGACGGGCAAUUACCCAAGGAGAGCUGGACAGGACAGUAAAAGGGGUAUCAAUGCAGCAGCUGAACUGAUAUCGUCUUCUUAUUAUUGUGAGGAAGAACAGGAGGAGCCCUAUAAAAUGACCUCCACUGGACUAUUCGAGAGCAUGUUCCUGACCAAACUGUCAGAUGGUUGAUAAGGCUCAUGCCACCGCCUGCAAAACCAUUCCCUUCUUGCAGGGGUUGCCAUUUACACCAAAGCAGGUGAAAUAGAUUCAUGAUGGAUUCUGCUUCCUGACUGAACAUAUUGAUGUCCCUGAAGUUUACCUGACUAUCUCUUAUAUUGUGAUUAUUGAGCGUUUCCCUCAUUUAUUUUUUGAGUAGUGUAUAUGAUCAUUAAAGGCAGUAUUUGCACAAAGCAGUUACUUUGUUAACAUCUCAUGUAUUUGUUGAAUCGCUCACAGAGUUGUUUGAUCUGGGUUAAAAUUAACGAGAGAUCUCCAGCUAAGAAGGUGAUUUCUAGCAGAACUUAAGCUAAUUGGCAGUGAAUGUGGCAACUCUGAUUUUCUUUAGCUUAAAAAACAGACGUGAAAACAAUUCCUCAACUGAAUGCCGAUUUCUUUUUUUUGUUGUUGUUGUUAAAUACAGUUAUUUGAAAAAGAAAAAUAUCCUGCUGUGUUGAGCUGGUGCCUUCACUUGCUCUCAAUGUCUGUGCUUUAUUGUCAAAGAUGCCUUACUGUUGCUCUUAUGCCAACGUAGCACUUCAAAAAAAAUUCUAUUUUUGUAGUUUUGAACUUGCUACAGUUGCUCUUUGUGACAUGAUGCAGCUUCAACAAUCAGGAUCACUGCAAGGUUCAUCAAACAGGCCUCUGGACCCUCUGGACUCUGGUCCUUCUGUACAGCCUGUGCUUUUACUCUCAUCAGCCUUUGUCACCAAACUGUUUUAGCACUGUGCACAGGUACUUCUUGUUCAAUUCUGGGGAAAAUGUUUGAUGAAUGUGUAAAUCAGUAAAACAAUACGAAAGAGGA